AAAAUUGUUGCACCAAUUGGACAACCUCGGAAACAACUCCCAUGUUUCACAUGUGAACGGUGCCAACAAUGGAUCUUCCUUCCUACUUCCUAACUACCAAACCUACCUUUUGGGCGGAAACUCCAAUGCAGACUCGUUUCAAUUCCAAAUCCUACUUUCUCGCAUUCUUCUUCACUAUGAAGAAUAGUAGCCUUCAUUCUCUUCACCAGAAUUCUUGUUGCCAAUGGAAAUUGCACUUUCCCUUCACAAAUCCCAAACCCCUCUUCUGGGUUCUUCCUCUCGUGGGAACCUUUCCUUUUCGGGGCGUUGUUUUGCCUCAAAGGUGAAAAAUUGGAGCCUCCCCUUUUCCCGGAUUUGUUGUUCCUCCAUGGAACAAAGGCUGAAACCUAAACCAAAGAAAGUUGAGUAUAGGGAAAGAAAAGUGGCAGUUUUGGAUGAUACCCAGAUCAGGAAAACUUCCUCUUCUGGGCUCUGUAUUCAGAUAGAGAAAUUAGUUUUGUGUAAUAGGUAUAGGGAAGCAAUGGAGUUGUUUGAAAUAUUGGAACUUGAACAUGAUGGUUUUGAUGUGGGUGGUAGCACUUAUGAUGCUCUGGUGAGUGCUUGUGUUGGUUUGAGAUCAAUUAGAGGUGUCAAGAGGGUGUUCAAUUACAUGGUUAAUAGUGGGUUUGAGCCUGAUUUGUAUGUGAUGAACAGGGUCUUGUUUGUGCAUGUGAAAUGUGGCCUCAUGCUCGAUGCACGCAAGCUGUUUGAUGAGAUGCCGGAGAAAGAUAUGGCUUCAUGGAUGACCAUGAUCGGUGGAUUCGUGGACUCUGGGAAUUUCUCUGAAGCUUUUGGGUUGUUUCUGUGUAUGUGGGAGGAGUUUAAUGAUGGAAGAUCUCGCACGUUUACCACCAUGAUUCGGGCGUCGGCUGGAUUGGGUCUUGUUCAGGUGGGAAGGCAAAUUCAUUCAUGUGCUUUGAAAAGAGGGGUCGGCGAUGAUACUUUUGUGUCUUGUGCGCUGAUUGACAUGUACAGCAAGUGUGGUAGCAUUGAAGAUGCUCAUUGUGUUUUUGAUCAAAUGCCAGAGAAGACCACUGUGGGAUGGAACUCCAUUAUUGCUAGCUAUGCACUUCAUGGUUAUAGUGAGGAAGCUCUUAGUUUCUACUAUGAAAUGCGUGAUAGUGGUGCUAAAAUAGAUCAUUUUACUAUUUCGAUUGUGAUAAGAAUUUGCGCAAGAUUGGCAUCAUUAGAAUAUGCAAAACAAGCUCAUGCUGCUUUAGUUCGUCGCGGUUAUGACACAGAUAUAGUGGCAAACACCGCGCUUGUUGACUUCUAUAGCAAAUGGGGCAGGAUGGAAGAUGCCUGGCAUGUUUUCAACAGGAUGCGCCGCAAGAAUGUCAUAUCUUGGAAUGCACUGAUUGCCGGAUAUGGUAAUCACGGUCAAGGAGAAGAGGCUGUAGAAAUGUUUGAGCAGAUGCUUCGAGAAGGGAUGAUUCCUAACCAUGUCACUUUUCUUGCUGUCUUAUCUGCUUGCAGCUAUUCAGGAUUAUCAGAACGAGGUUGGGAGAUUUUUUACUCUAUGAGUAGAGAUCACAAGGUUAAGCCCAGAGCAAUGCAUUAUGCAUGUAUGGUUGAACUAUUAGGUCGGGAAGGCUUAUUAGAUGAGGCUUAUGAACUAAUUAGAAGUGCUCCUUUCAAACCAACAACAAACAUGUGGGCAACAUUGCUGACGGCAUGCAGAAUGCACGAGAAUUUAGAACUGGGAAAGUUAGCAGCCGAAAAUCUUUACGGGAUGGAGCCUGAAAAGCUGUGUAAUUAUAUAGUGCUUCUGAAUCUAUACAACAGUUCUGGCAAAUUGAAGGAAGCUGCUGGUGUUUUACAGACCUUAAAGAGGAAGGGUUUAAGAAUGCUUCCAGCUUGUACCUGGAUUGAAGUCAAGAAACAGUCAUAUGCCUUCCUUUGUGGAGAUAAAUCUCAUUCCCAAACAAAGGAAAUAUAUGAAAAAGUGAACAACAUGAUGGUUGAGAUAUCUAGGCAUGGUUAUGUUGAGGAGAAUAAAGCUUUGCUUCCUGAUGUGGAUGAAGAGGAACAGCGCAUUCUCAAAUACCAUAGUGAAAAAUUGGCUAUAGCUUUUGGACUUAUCAACACUCCACAUUGGACACCUUUGCAAAUUACUCAGGGCCAUCGUGUGUGUGGUGAUUGCCAUAGUGCAAUUAAGUUUAUAGCAAUGGUUACAGGACGGGAAAUUGUGGUAAGAGAUGCUAGCAGAUUUCACCAUUUUAGAGAUGGUAGUUGCUCUUGUGGCGAUUAUUGGUGAUGAUAAAAUUGUGUCAUUCAAGUCACAGUCCUUUAUACUGAGUAGCCUGUUGUUAGCUCACCUUAGCCUCACAUUUGAUUAGGAUACAACUAUAAUACAUGUAAUUUAUUCAGUGAUCCGUUAAUAAAAGUCCUAUUUUCUUCUAACA